GCAUCCACAUUCCGACGACACCAUCGCGCUGGUUUAUUUUUAACCUGGAUCUAGAGGCGCCGAAAUCUGGAUAUGUGGCCGCGAGGCGACGCAGUCCGUCUUGGAAAAUCGCGGAUUUCUUAGAAACUUUUGUAAACUUCAGGCUCGAGUGUUUGUUUUUGUUCUGUAACGCGGUUCAUUCAUUAACACCUGAAUUUCUCACCCGUCUUUUUUUCCCGCUCUCUCUCUCUCUUUCUUCUGCUACCUCUGCUGCUUAUUAAUGGUUUCGAAACGGUGGAAGUGGGUGACGAAGGUGAUGGUGAUGCCUUUCGUGGUCAUGGAGAAAAUGAAAACGGAAGAGAAGAACAACGCUCCGAAAGUCCGGAUAGCCGUAAUAGGAAAGUCUAAUGUGGGCAAGUCAGCACUGACGGUCCGUUACCUCACCAGAAGAUAUAUUGGAGAGUACAGAAGCAACACGGAUCUCCUAUACAGACAAACCUUGACGAUAAACAAUACCUCCCUAGAAGUAGAGAUCGUUGACGUAUGCAGUUGUGACCUGCAAGCAUUUCCAGAAGAAGCGAUUUAUUGGGCAGAUGCCGCCAUUGUGGCCUACGAUAUCACUUGCAGAACGAGUUUCGAACAAGCUACGGAUAUGCUACAGAGGGUUUUGGAGUUGAGACCACAGAUACCAACGGUACUGCUUGGAAAUAAGGCUGAUCUCGAGCACCUGAGACAAGUCGAGGAAAGCGAAGGUCGUACCGUUGGCAUCCAAAACAAUUGCACCUUCUACGAAGUAUCCGUAGCAGACAACUCUCCGGCCAUCUACCAAGCCUUCGAUAUGGUCCUGAGCGAAUGCCGUCAAACCACUCAAAAAACACGGAAAUUUUCCGUUUCGAAAAUGAUCGGCACCCUUAUAGGAAACGUGAAUCCGAAAUCUCAACCGGAUACCAAACAAGGCGGUACCGUGGUGGUGUGCCAUAAGUCGGAUUUGUACAAAUCCAGGGUGAUUAGGAGGAGGCAGAACUUUACCGCUACCGCGUCCCUUUGACUAUCCGAGAACGAGUCUUAAGGGAUGCUUUGUUUGUUUUUUUGUUAUGGUACUGUUAGUACGGUGAUUUUUAUUUCCCUUAGUUUUAUGAGGGAUCUUGUACAGGAAUCCGGAAAUUGGUUUCCGGAUUUUUACAGUGUGCUGGCGCCGAAUUAUUUUUAAUAUUUAAAUGUUGUGAGGCGUCAGAUUUGUACAUAUAGGUUUUUUUACAAUAUAAUAACAAUAAUAAUAAACAAAUAAAUGUGUGCAUGACAUGUGUACUUAUGUAUACCUAUAUUGCCAUAAGGUUUUGAUUUUUAAAGUGACUUUAUUGUUUAUUAUGUAAUUUUGUUGAGUAUAUAGGUAAGUUUCUUUACAUUCGCGAGUUUUGUUGUUUAUUUUCUUUUUUAAUUUGUUCGAUCUAGUCGAUUUUUUUAAGUAUACCAAGUAUUGAUUAAUAUUGUGUGUGCUAAAAGGCUGUGAUAUUCUUUUAUUUUGUCAUGUAGGGUUUAAGUUAGGUUUUUAAGUAAUAAAUGGUGAAUUUAUUUUAAA